GCCUCUGCGUCCCGCUCGCUGGGAGAGAGGUAGCUCUCCUUUUCCCUCUCCCUUUCCCUGAGCAGCUGAAGGCACUGUGCAACACUCUUGUCUAUCCUUAGACUAAGGAUCAAGAAGUGGAAUAGAAGUUGAAUCCAGAGUUGUCUGCUGGUUCUCAGCUUGAAGAAGAUUCUACAGUCCUUAUUGAUCCUUUUUCUUGGCGUUACCAUUUUUUGAAGCAAAGUUAACCUAGCUUUCUAGCUUGAGCUUUCUUUUUGGCCGUCUUUAAAAAAUAUUUUUUAAUCUAUAAAGUAGACAAGAGAUAGUUCUACAAUGUCCAAGUCAUUCCAGCAGUCAUCUCUCGGUAGGGACUCACAGGGUCAUGGGCGUGACCUGUCUGCAGCAGGAAUAGGCCUUCUUGCUGCUGCUACCCAGUCUUUAAGUAUGCCAGCAUCUCUUGGAAGGAUGAACCAGGGUACUGCACGCCUUGCUAGUUUAAUGAAUCUUGGAAUGAGUUCUUCAUUGAAUCAACAAGGAGCUCAUAGUGCACUGUCUUCUGCUAGUACUUCUUCCCAUAAUUUGCAGUCUAUAUUUAACAUUGGAAGUAGAGGUCCACUCCCUUUGUCUUCUCAACACCGUGGAGAUGCAGACCAGGCCAGUAACAUUUUGGCCAGCUUUGGUCUGUCUGCUAGAGAUUUAGAUGAACUGAGUCGUUAUCCAGAGGACAAGAUAACUCCUGAGAAUUUGCCCCAGAUCCUUCUACAGCUUAAAAGGAGGAGAACUGAAGAAGGCCCUACAUUGAGUUAUGGUAGAGAUGGCAGAUCUGCUACACGGGAACCACCAUACAGAGUACCUAGGGAUGAUUGGGAAGAAAAAAGGCACUUUAGAAGAGAUAGUUUUGAUGAUCGUGGUCCUAGUCUCAACCCAGUGCUUGAUUAUGACCAUGGAAGUCGUUCUCAAGAAUCUGGUUAUUAUGACAGAAUGGAUUAUGAAGAUGACAGAUUAAGAGAUGGAGAAAGGUGUAGGGAUGAUUCUUUUUUUGGUGAGACCUCGCAUAACUAUCAUAAAUUUGACAGUGAGUAUGAGAGAAUGGGACGUGGUCCUGGUCCCUUACAAGAGAGAUCUCUCUUUGAGAAAAAGAGGGGCGCUCCUCCAAGUAGCAAUAUUGAAGACUUCCAUGGACUCUUACCGAAGGGUUAUCCCCAUCUGUGCUCUAUAUGUGAUUUGCCAGUUCAUUCUAAUAAGGAGUGGAGUCAACAUAUCAAUGGAGCAAGUCACAGUCGUCGAUGCCAGCUUCUUCUUGAAAUCUAUCCAGAAUGGAAUCCUGACAAUGAUACAGGACACACAAUGGGUGAUCCAUUCAUGUUGCAGCAGUCUACAAAUCCAGCACCAGGAAUUCUGGGACCUCCACCUCCCUCAUUUCAUCUUGGGGGACCAGCAGUUGGCCCAAGAGGAAAUCUGGGUGCUGGAAAUGGGAAUCUGCAAGGACCAAGACACAUGCAGAAAGGCAGAGUGGAAACAAGCCGAGUUGUUCACAUCAUGGAUUUUCAACGAGGGAAAAACUUGAGAUACCAACUGCUACAGCUGGUGGAACCAUUUGGAGUCAUUUCAAAUCAUCUGAUUCUAAAUAAAAUUAAUGAGGCAUUUAUUGAAAUGGCAACCACAGAAGAUGCUCAGGCUGCAGUGGAUUAUUAUACAACCACACCAGCAUUAGUAUUUGGCAAGCCAGUUAGAGUUCAUUUGUCCCAGAAGUAUAAAAGAAUAAAGAAACCUGAGGGAAAGCCAGAUCAGAAAUUUGACCAAAAGCAAGAGCUUGGACGUGUGAUACAUCUCAGCAAUUUGCCCCAUUCUGGCUAUUCUGAUAGUGCUGUGCUCAAGCUUGCUGAACCUUAUGGGAAAAUAAAGAAUUACAUACUGAUGAGGAUGAAAAGUCAGGCCUUUAUAGAGAUGGAAACCAGAGAAGAUGCGAUGGCAAUGGUUGACCAUUGUUUGAAAAAGGCGCUUUGGUUCCAAGGGAGGUGUGUGAAGGUUGACCUGUCUGAGAAAUAUAAAAAACUGGUACUGAGGAUUCCCAACAGAGGCAUUGACUUACUGAAAAAGGAUAAGUCCCGAAAAAGAUCUUACUCUCCAGAUGGCAAAGAAUCUCCAAGUGAUAAGAAAUCCAAAACAGAUGGCUCCCAGAAGACUGAAAGUACAACUGAAGGUAAAGAACAAGAAGAGAAGUCAGGUGAAGAUGGUGAGAAAGAUACAAAGGAUGACCAGACAGAACAAGAACCUAAUAUGCUUCUUGAAUCUGAAGAUGAACUACUUGUAGAUGAAGAAGAAGCAGCAGCACUCCUGGAAAGUGGCAGUUCAGUGGGAGAUGAGACCGAUCUUGCUAACUUAGGUGAUGUUGCUUCUGAUGGGAAAAAGGAACCUUCAGACAAAGCUGUGAAAAAAGAUACAAGUGCUUCAACUGCAGCAAAGAAAAAGCUUAAAAAGGUGGACAAGAUCGAGGAACUUGAUCAAGAAAAUGAAGCAGCAUUGGAAAAUGGAAUUAAAAAUGAGGAAAAUGCAGAACCAGGUGCUGAAUCUGCUGAGAAUGCUGACGAUCCCAGCAAAGACACAAGUGAAAAUGCAGAUGGCCAAAGCGAUGAAAACAAGGAGGACUAUACAAUCCCAGAUGAGUAUAGAAUUGGACCAUAUCAGCCCAAUGUUCCUGUUGGUGUAGACUAUGUGAUACCUAAAACAGGGUUUUACUGUAAGCUGUGUUCACUCUUUUAUACAAAUGAAGAAGUUGCAAAGAAUACUCAUUGCAGCAGUCUUCCUCAUUAUCAGAAAUUAAAGAAAUUUCUGAAUAAAUUGGCAGAAGAACGCCGGCAGAAGAAGGAAGCUUAAGAUGUUGAAGAAGCUUAAUGAUUUCAAAGAAAAUAAUGGUUCUUUGUUUUUAUUGUUAACCUUUUUUAAAUACAAUGCUGAUAGUUAGGAGAAAACUAUUGUACUCUUUUGUUUUAGUGGAAAAAUAAUAGAUGUCUGUUCAUGUGUUAAGUGUUAUAGCAAAAAAUAUGUGUACGGUUAAGUUAAUGAAAAAUAGUUUUUCUUUUAUCAGGAUGACAACAGACAAAAGUACUUUGUAGAGAUUGACUCUGUAAGCUACUUAAGACAACUUGCACCACUAAGGAAAAUAACAUAGAACCAUUCUGAGAAAGAUGAAAUUUAGUAGUUAUAAGCUUCAAAGAAAUGUCAACUUUUGAUUCCAUUCAAUAAAGAACAAAACCAAGUGUAUUUUUAUUACUUUCAUCUGAAACAUUCCACAUUUUAAUCUGAGCCUUGCAGUCCUUUCAUUUGGAUUUGAAGCUUUUUUAGUUGUAUUUCAGUUUUGGAAGACUUCAUUAUGUGAGAUUGACAGUUCAGAUGCAGGUGCAGUUUUCUUUUAAUGUCAUUGCUGUUGUUAAGAUAAUAAGAAAUAUUAAGUAAUUGACUUUAGAUUUUGUAAUUUUUUUCCUUGAGUUCCUGCUAGAUUUCGUAUUCUAGUAGUUAAUGUAUUUUCAGUGAAAUGUAAAAAUGUUCCCGUUCUCUUUGACCAGUAUUAAUUUCUUGAGAUCUUACUGCUUGUCACUUGAAUCCUGUAGCUGUCAUACAUCUCUGGUAUAAGCAACAUUUGAUUUCCGAAGUGUGUAGACCAUCUCUUCAUAUUUUCAAGAUGUAAUUUUACAAUUCUGCAUUCUAAGACCAGUUUGGCCAUAAUUCUAGACGCACGCUUCUAAUUCAUGUACCUGCACAUGUGACCUUUGUGAACAGAAAUUUGCAUGUGUAAUCUGUGUUUACUUGUAACUUUCUGGUUAUAUACUGCUUAUAUCUGUGGAUUCAAGUUACUGAAGUGAAUACCAAUAAAAAAAAACCCUAGGCCAUGUUCAUUGGUUAUACAUGUUUGGAAUGUUAACCAAUAUAUUUGUCAGUUGUGGUUCUUAUUGACUGUUACAGUUUUGUGCAUGCUUUAACAAAGUAUAACUUUUUUAAUCUACAGUGAGUGUGACUGCUACUAAAGAUCUGAAUUUUAAACUUUUUAUGCUGGUGGAUUUCUUGUUCCUGUUACAUAAUUAAAAAGGAGCUUUCGAUUUUUAAAAUCUUGUGAAUUUAGAGUGUUAAAUACAAAGAAAUAUCAAAAGAUCAUGUUUUAGACAUGUCUACUGGUUUAACAAAAUUGCAUCAAAUAGCAAAAAUUAGUUCUGGUAGCCUUUAGAAAUAAUUAAACAGGGCUUCUUCAUGUACUGGAUUAUCUGUUGUGAGAAAAAAAAAUUAAUUUUAAAAAUAACUGAUAGGAGUUGUCUUUCAGGCCCAAAUAUACUAAAGGAUAUUUCAGAUAGUUGGGUGAAAUUUUAAAGCAUCUCACCCUGAAGGAUGGAUCACUGUAUUAAUGUAACAUGUACAAAAAAUCCUUGCCAGUGUACUUCAAUUUUAGCCUUUACUAAUUACCCACUUUUGUUUAAUUUCAAGUAUUAACUAACAGUAGCUACAGAAAGCAUUACAUGUACAGUGAGAUUUUUGUUUCCUGUCAAUGAAAGCUUUUUUGUAACUCUUAACAUUUCUUCAAUUUAACAAGUUGAAGAAUAAUUUCGGUGUCCCUAAUUAAGAUGUAUUUACUUGAGAGGGAGAGACAAGAGGCAGAAAUCUUCCAUCUGCUUAUUAAUAGCCAAAUCUGGGCCAUGCCAAAGCCAGGAACCAGAAACUUCAUCCUGUUCUCCAACAUGGGUGGUAGGAGCUCAAGUACUUGGGCCAUUUUUUGUUGCCUUCCUGCACUCAUUAACAGGAAACUGGAUUCAAAGCAGAGUGGCCAGCACUGGAAUCAGCAAUCAAAUAUGGGAUGUUUGAAGCAACAGCUUUUUAAAAAGUUUUUAUUUAGUUGCAAAGCAAAUACAGAGAUCUUCUAUCCACUGGAUUCAUAAAGAGCCUCAACAGCCAGAUGUGGACCAUGCUGAAGCCAGGGUCUGGGAAUUCCAUGCUGGUAUCAGACCUACAUGGGUGGCAGGAACCUAAGUCCUUGGGCCAUCUGCCAUAAUAACAUUUAGAAAUCAAAAUCUCUUAAGUAAGCUGACAUUGAUAAGUCUAUUGACCGUUACUUCUCCAGAUUAUGACAGAGCUUUAUAGGAAUGUUUUCACUUAUGCUCUAAAGUUUCAAAACAUUUUUUCCUGCCAUUAUUUUAGCCUUUAAAGUCUUUUGUUACAAGGGAAAGGGAAACUUAGAGAACUAUCUUGAAUUUGUUCUCCGGUGCAGGUUAGUGAGAAGCUAGAAUCCAGAGGAUCCAGAUGGGCCAGUGUGGCGCAGCUGGUUAAGCGGUGUCAGCAUCCUAUCUGGAUGCCAUUUUGAGUCCCGUCUGCUCUGCUUCUGAUCCAGCUCCCUGCUCAUAGGCCUGGGAAAACAGGAGCGUACAGCCCAAGUUCUUGGGCCCUUGCAUCCUUGUGGGAGACCUUGAAGAGGCUCCUGACUCCUCGGUUUUGCCUGGCCAACAGCCACUGAGGCCACUGGGGGAGUGAAGCAGCAAAUGGAAGAUCUCCAUCUAUCUGCUCUCAAAUAGAUUUUUUUUUUAAGAGUAGCCAGAAUCAACCCAGGCACACUGAAAAGUAAUGUGGGCAUCGCUAGUGGCCUGUUAACUGCUGGGUCAAAUCCCACCCUACUUUGAGUUUUAGAAAGCUUUAUAAUUUUGAGGACCAGAGGUGGCCAUUGUGCUGUGAGUUAAACCCACUGUGUGUCCCACAUCAGUGCUAGUUGGAGUCGUAUUCCACUGUCAAUCCUGCUUCCUGGUAAUGCACCUGGCUGGCAGCAGAUGAUGGCUCAGGUACUUUGAGUCUGCCACCCAUGUGUAAGACCUAGAUGGAGUUUGCACUCCUGGCUUUGAGCUGGCCAAGCUCUAGCUGUUUGGACAUUUCAACAGUUACCCAGCAGAUGGAAGAUCUUUCUCCUUACCGUUCAGAUGUGUUGAGGUCACGUGCAGAUAAGAUCAGUGCCUGGGAUGGAGUCUUGCCUCUGCUUCUAAUCCAGCUUCCUGUUAAUGUUCUGGUUAAGUGACAUGACAGCUGAAGUACAUAAGUGACCUUGAAGGAGCUCCUGGCUCCUGGCUUCGGCCUGGCACAGUCCUGGCUGUUGGAUGGAAGAUAACUGUCUUCUAGAUAAAUGAAAAUAAAGGGUAAAUGUACAGUAGGUAAUAAACUUACAUAAGUGGAAGAUUUUUAAGGAAGUUGGAGCACUCUACUGUGUAUUAGACAAAAAUUGAUUCUCCUCUCAUCCCCACAGAACAUACGUGGCUACACUGAAAGUUAAUGGUGUAAGUUAAGGCUUAGUGACCUUUAUUUGAGCAAUGAUACCAUACUUAUGUGUUACAUUGAAUUGUUUCUAACAAUUUGAACCAAAUGGGAAUAAACUAAGAGUCCUGUCUUUGACUAGAA